UACCGAGCUUGACAAAACUGGCUGUACGCUAUUUAUCUCCCUACAAUAUCAUACUGUCACCCUUUUCACUGCGCUUAUCUUUUACCCAAAUAAAGCGUAUUCCAACAACAUUAUAGUCAUAUUUAUAUCAUACCACAAUGGCCACUUGUGAACCAUGUGCGGAAACAGAUGCUUUUGCUCCACGUCCAUGUAGCCCGGAGGCGAAUGAUAACGAAGAAGAGAAUGGCCAGUUACCAGAGGAAAACUCUCCUGAUCUAGAGUCUGGAGAACGUCAGCCCUUGAUAGGGUCAAAUCCACCACAGGAAGAUGGCUGGGUAGCUCCUCGCCACUUUGCUUGGAUUGAGUUGGCGAUCAUGUCCAAUGUUUUUCUAUACGGGUUUGAUGGAACUAUCACUGCCUCUACGUACGCGGUGAUUAGUUCUGAAUUCGAUGCGACUAAUACUGCCUCUUGGCUCACAACUUCGUAUCUUAUUACAAAUACCGCCUUUCAACCCCUAUACGGCCGCGUAUCUGAUAUCUUUGGCCGCCGUGUCUGCUUCUUCAUUUCGACUAUCACGUUUGCCAUAGGCUGUCUUGGAUGCGGCAUUGCGAAUGAUAUAGUCCUACUCAAUUGUAUGAGAGCCCUAGCUGGGUUUGGAGGGGGAGGACUUAUGACCAUGGCUACCAUCGUUAACUCUGACAUGAUACCAUUCCGCCGCCGUGGAAUGUACCAGGCGAUGCAGAAUGGUAUCUUUGGGUUCGGUGCAAUAUGCGGUGCUUCAUUCGGCGGUUCAAUAGCUGAUACCAUCGGAUGGCGUUGGUGUUUCCUCCUGCAAGUACCAGUGUCGGUUAUGGCAUUUAUCUUUGGUUACAUCGUCAUAAAGAAUCAGUCCUCUGAUUUGAGUAGAGGCUCAAGCCUCAAGGAGACUUGGCGCAUAGUCGACUUCUCGGGGUCCCUCAUUCUCGUUACAGCAAUAUCUAUCCAGUUGGUUGGGCUAAGUCUGGGUGGGAAUGAAUUACCUUGGAGUAGCCCUUGGGUAAUCAUAUCCCUAAUUGGAAGUGUCAUCCUCUUUGGUCUUUUCCUUUGGGUUGAGGCUACUACUACUGCGAUCCCGAUCAUUCCUCUACACAUGCUAAAGGGUCGUUUACCCCUUUUUACACAAUUAGCCAAUGUCUGCGCGGGUAUAUCCGCUUAUGCGUAUCUUUUCCUGUUGCCCCUGUUUUUCCAGAUCGUCCUACUCGACACAGCAACGACUGCGGGAGCCAGACUAGCUAUUCCAUCUUUAGCAACUCCUAUCGGCGGUCUCAUUGCAGGCAUCGUAAUGUCGCGAUGGGGAAAGCUCAUUACCAUUGUUCGAAUUGGGGCCAUUCUAAUGACCAUUGGAAACGGUUUAGUAACUUCGUUGAAUUUCGUGGAUACUAACUGGAAGUACUUCGUCUAUAUUUUCCCCGCCAAUUUAGGGCAAGGAAUGAUAUAUCCCGGUAUUCUAUUUACUUCCUUAGCCACUUUCGAGCAUGCCGACCAUGCAGUGUCAGCUUCUACUGUAUAUCUCAUCAGAUCCCUGGGAACCGUUUGGGGCGUAUCGAUCAGCUCCGCUAUCGUCCAAACUACGCUCAGCGUUCGACUUCCGACCGCCUUAAGAGAAGUACCCGAUAAAUGGAGAAUCAUCGAUGCAAUCAGGCAUUCGGCUGAAUCGCUGCGCGACCUACCCCCUGAGGUUCAGCUUAAAGCACGGAUGGUUUACUACGACGGACUGAGAUAUUCGUUUGCCGCAUCAACUGUCUUUACAGUCAUUUCUUUUUGUGCAGCAAUGUGUAUCUAUGACAGAGGAUUGCGCAAAACAAGCGGCUAGCUAACCUAGGCCAGUAGAGAGCAAGGGACAGAUUGUCAGAAUAGACAGGACAUUCGAAAUCGUCUA